CACCUCGAGCUCCGUCACUACGAAGUCCCGCGGAGAGUUUUUGAUAGUGCCGCGGAAGCCGGUGUGCUCCGUCAGGAGCAGAGGAUGGGCGAGCCCGUGACGGAUUCCACGUACGUCCGCUGCCUGAGCUACGGACUCGUGAGGCGGCUGGCGGAGUUCAUCGACCCGCAGGAAGGGUGGAAGAAACUUGCGGUGGAUAUAACCAACCCGUCCGGUGAAAGCAGAUACAGCCAAGUGCAUAUAAGGAGAUUUGAGGCAUUUGUACAAAUGGGAAAGAGCCCCACGUGUGAAUUACUUUAUGACUGGGGAACCACAAACUGUACAGUCGCUGAUCUUGUGGAUCUUCUGAUUAGGAAUCAGUUCCUAGCACCAGCAAGCCUUUUGCUUCCAGAAGCUGUAAGGAUGCCACAAGAAGUUACAUUACCUCUUUCUUCACAGGAAACCUUGCCUAUACAUGAAAAACAACUACCUGUACAGGAAAAAGAAGUGGCGUCUGUAAAGCCUUUUUUAUCUCAGGGUACUGAGAAGCAGCAUUCAGAUACUUCCUACUCAAGUGAAGAAAACAGCCACUCACAGUCCAGUAACACAGAUUUCCAGAAUUUUUUGUUUCAUGACUUGGAAAGUAUUACAAAUAAUUUUGAUGCCAGACCAGAAUCAGCUGGAGGUAAUAAACUGGGAGAAGGUGGCUUUGGCAUUGUGUUCAAAGGCUACAUCAAUGGCAAAAACGUGGCUGUCAAGAAGCUCAUUGCUAUGGUUGAUGUUAGUAUUCAGGACCUGAAACAGCAAUUUGAGCAAGAAAUAAACAUAAUGGCAAAGUGUCAGCAUGAAAAUUUAGUAGAGUUACUUGGUUUCUCAAGUGAUGGUGCUCAGCCAUGUCUGGUGUAUGAAUAUAUGCCCAAUGGCUCAUUGCUUGACAGACUUGCUUGUCUGGAUGAAACUCCACCAAUUCCUUGGAAUAUGAGGUGUAAAAUUGUUCAAGGUACAGCAAAUGGCAUCAACUUUUUGCAUGAAAAUAAUCAUAUUCACAGAGAUAUCAAAAGUGCAAAUAUCUUAUUAACUGAUACAUAUGUACCCAAAAUUUCUGACUUUGGCCUUGCAAGAGCAUCUGUAACAUUCACACAGACAAUCAUGACUGAAAGAAUUGUUGGAACAGCAGCCUAUAUGGCACCUGAAGCUCUGCGAGGAGAGAUAACACCUAAAUCUGAUAUCUUCAGUUUUGGAGUAGUCUUACUAGAAAUAAUAACGGGUCUUCCUCCAGUAGAUGAAAACCGGGAGCCACAGUUGCUGUUAAGUAUAAAAGAUGAAAUUGAGGAUGAGGAAGCAACUAUUGAGGACUAUGUUGAUGAAAAGAUGAAUGACUGGGAUGUACCUUCAAUUCAUAAAAUGUAUUCAAUUGCUGAGCGCUGUCUGAAGGACAAAAAGACCAGAAGGCCAGACAUUAAGAUGGUCCAACAGCAGCUCCACGAGAUAAAAACUUGAUAAUGUGUUUUUUUCUGAUACACCAAUGUUUCUGUAAUGGAGACACCAGUACCAAAUACAUAAUUAGUAUUUAGUGCAACAUUAUCAGUGGUUCUGCUUUCCAGAACUUUCUGGAUACAUGUAAGGUGAGCUGUCGGCCUGUCAGCAGCUCUUUCACAUAUCCUUAGAAUGAAUAUGUCAGACUAUUUUAUACUGGGCCCUUAACACGAGAAGAGUCUUUAUUGUAUUAACAAAUUGCAUUCCUGAUACAUCAUCUUCUCCUGCAGCUUUUAAAAUGCAUUUCUAUAUUAUUAUUUAUUUGAUUAUUUUUAUUUCCAAAUAUCUAGUAUGUCUGCUGCAAAGGCAUAUGACUGUAACUAGGCAGAAUGUUUUUUUUCUGCAAAUUGCUUUCUUGAUCAGGUGUACUAGACCUUUGUCUAUUGAAGACAAAACCAUUUAAUAGCUAUAAUGAUAUUUAACGCUGUCUUUUUGGGAAAUGACAAAUAAUAUUAUCCAUUUAAAACAAGCUUCUACUUAAUACUUUAGCUUAAGAGUUCAUAUUAGUGUGAAUGGUCUGAUACUGUUAGUGAACAUGAUUAUUAUCAAAAAGUUUUCUUGGUGUUAAUUUUAGUCAAAUAAAUGCUGCAAGACAUUUCCUAGGUUGUUUUUUCCUUUCAAGGAUUCCCAAGCAAAAUAGUUAUCUUGCUGUGCAGAUGCAUUUGCACUUGCUUUCUUACAGUGAACUCUAUGAUGACAAACCAUUUAAUUUUUAUUCACAGAAAGACUCUUAGCUACUUUGACUAUUUUAGGAAGAUUGAGUAUUUUUAUUACUUCAGGAGAGGAUUUCAUAUGGAUUAUAAGUACGAUGAUUGCUUUUCUUAAAGGGGUCAGAAUAAUGAUGUGAAGACCAAUUCUGCAUUUUACUUAGUCAAAUAAUUAAGCUAUUUUUAAUAUACAUAUGUAUGUAUAUUAACUAAAUACAAAAAUACACUUCCAAAAGUAUAAAUGGAAAGCUUUUUAAAAUAGAAACAUUGACAGAUCAAAGCAGACUAAAAAUGGAAUGAAAGUGACUAGUAGGAUUCCAGAUACUUUGGACUAAGUAUGAACAUACCAUUGUAAAUGAAAGAUGUUUUUUUCAGAUAAACUCAUUUUGCACCUCAUGAUUUUUGCACUUUCUUAAUAGCUUAGGGAUAGGAACAUAAAUCUACAGUCAAAUUUGAAAUUCUGUGAUUACAUGUGACUUCUUUCAGGAAUAUAUAUCUUGUUGGAAGAAGCAUGUGAUUUGUAAUGUAAUGAUAUCAUUAGAUUUCUGGAUAUUAAUUAAUUCUGUAUUGCCUUUUCAAACUACUAGCUUAAUUUAGAAAAAAGGAUCUAUCUAAUGGCUUCUAGCUUUUUAGUAAAAAUUGUAAAAAACUGUUAACAUAAAUAAAAACUCUGCAUUAUUACUUCUUUCUGCAUUUAAAUCUCACUGUGUGGAAUAAAGCUUUACAGCUCUGAAGCUGGAGAAAAAAGCUGUUAUAAAGCUAAACUAGAAUAAAAUCUGCUGAAGCCAUUUUUUAGUUUUAAGCAUCUCCAGCUGUUAUGUGAAGGUUUCUCAUUAGAUCAUGUCUGCUUUUUACUAUUCCGUGGAGCUGAAAUACAUCUAUAGUGUUGUCCAGAAGUGUGUCUGCUGUAGCAACUUCCUGGUCAGCUCUGUUCACCUCUGGUAUGGUAGAACAUUUUUGUUCAUACACCAACUGUGGUAUUCUUCAGUGUGAGGAGAAUCUCAGCUACUAGCAUGGGAGUUCCUGCUCUGUCAUACUAGGCCAUUACUAUUUGCAGUGCUGCUCUCAGCAGUGAGGUUUGGGCAGUUUUCCCUUCCUUAUUGAAAAUGAAGCAUGUUAGCUACCAUUUCAAUUUAAAAAAAAAGUUUUGAACUUCUUUAAUGAAUGAAAAUAUGAGGGGUUAACUAGGUAAAACUAGCUAACUUAUGUGGCAACCAUUUUUCUUUUUAAAUAUGCAGGGGGCAAGGAGAAGGCACUUCCCUUUCCUACUCCAGAUUUUUUUGAGGUCUUCAUAGAGUAAAGUCAACAUUUCUAGACACUUAACAGAGGGUAAGAGUAGCUGACUUUAGUUUCUUUUGUUCACUGCAAAAACAUUAACUUACCCUAGAAUACAUACUUCUUUGUGUUAUUUACUAUAAUAAGAAUUUUUAGGACACAGAUCAGUAACUUGAGUCAUUCAAGGUCUUUGUAAUGUAGUUUUAUAGAUUUGGAGCAGAGAGAAAUCCAGUACGGUUCCUGGUGGGUGAAGAAAGCUCCACAGGGAGCAGAGAUAGGGCUAAUCUGGCUGGCCUACAUCCUGUCUCAGCAGGGAAGGUGCCAUGGAGGGCAACAGAGGAUCUCUAUGCUCAGGGAAAGAGCCGAACCUUUUGUGUGUUAAGGAUCUAAGAACUGCAACAUAAAGCAAUUUAGUAACCCAGGCAAGAAUGGGUAAAUGAAAAAUAGCAAGAGCGAUUUACUGCAAUUACACGAUUAGAAAGCAAUAGCAAGAUGAAAGCAGAUGAUAAUAAUCCAAAGAAAAUUGCCUUUUUAGAAGAACAUCAUAGGAAGGACAACAGUUCUCCCCUUGGCCACAGCAGGAAUAACAGAAUGGCUGUUACGAGCCAGAGCAGAGGUGUCUGCAGAGCCCUUGGGCCGGGAUGAGCCAGAAGUGGCUGCUGAGGAACAAAAGCAAGAGCAGGAUCUAUAUCUAGAGAUAAGCACUGGAAUACAGUGGCUUUGUACAGUCUGCAACUCAGUAAUUUUGGAAAGGGUGAACAGUCUUCCUUAAGUUACUAAGAACUCUAUUAUAAAUUUUGUUUUGAUCAGUUGUCCAGUUGCCUUCUGAGCCAACACACCAGACACAGCAAUUCAUAUUACUGAAAUGGGACAUGCAUCAUCUUUAUAUUUGGGUGUUCUAGCUGGGAGUUUAUUUACCAACCACUGACCAAAAGGCAAAUAAAAUUGCUUCUGAUACUCAUGGGUACACAGAGGCUUAGCCUAUUCCCUCCUCCUACCUUCUGCCUGUUCCUCUGACAUCUCUGAUUAUAGAUAGCAUUUGGCAUUAAAAUUAUUCACUGCAGUCCUAGUUCACAUCUUCAGAUUUUCUUCUUUCAAUUAUAAAAUUGCUGCAUCACAAAUAUUUUCCCAUGGGAAUGUGUUAGCAGGACAGUUAAGAGAAAAGCCAAACCAGUAGACGUUCUUUUCAUCUUGAACUUUCAGGGCAACAGAAGGUCUUCAAGCAAAUUGUUUUCAGUUUAGACAAAAGAAGUGUUAAUGGAACAAACAUAAUGAGUAGUUUCAUUGUAGUAGUUCAUGCUGAGCAAAUAAGGAUAGAUAGAACUGUUAAAUCACUGCUCAACUACUUCAGCAUUUUAAAAAGAUAGAAGAGAUUUUUGAAGGGGCUUAAUUGUGAAAGCACAAAAAUCUCAAGAGAACACCCUGGGAUCUUGCUAUGGAGCCCUCGGUGCUGCUCCCAUAAAGCAGUGGGAAAGUAGCUGAUAGUGGUUUUUCUUUAAUAGCAGAAGCCAGGAAUUCUGUUUCUGUUCAUCUCCCGUCUUAACACACUGCAGACACUUUCUAGUCCCAUGGGAACUGCCUGUUACACAUUCUGAUGUUAGAAUAUAGAUCUUCAUUAAAGAGAUUAUGAAAUGGUUGAGACAACACCAAGCUAAAGCAUCAAUCUUUAUUUAUAAAGUAAAUUACAAAAUAGAUAAGGUAAACUUAGUUAAUUUUAGCAUUUGAAGGUGGCUUUCAUUGAAUACAUAAACACACUGAUAAACAAUACUUUUUCUUUACAGUGUCUGAGCAACAGAGUAAUUUUUACCUUGAUUAGUUUAACCUUUGAUAGGAGUGUUUUACAAGAUCAAGAUCUCCCUAACUUGCAACAUAAACAUUUAAUAAUUACCUGUCCUGUUAAUUAACUAUUUAAUAGCUUGUGAGUUAACUGCAUGUAGCUGCAUUGCUUUUGGGCUUUAUGAAGACCAACAAAAAUUUGAAUGGACACUUUCAAUUAUUUAAUGACCAGAGACAGUUAAAGGAGCAACUUUGAUUAAUUUUUGAUUAAUCAAAUUAAUUAAUCAAUCACAUUUUGCGCUGGUUCUGAACAUUCAUGAACAGAAGUUGAGGCAGCUAUGUAGAUGUAAACAUGAUAGAUUGUACAAAAAGAACAGAGACUUCUUAUUGCUGUUAGGAGAAUAGCUACAAGAGGCCUGGAGAAGCAGCCAGCAGUGCAAGUCUUUAUACAAUUCUAUUUUUGGGGAAAGGUGAGGGGGUGACAUGCUCAGAACAUGACUAACUCCUGGCUGGGCCAGGUGUGUACAUUACACAGAAUAUUUUCACAUAAGGUAAUUUACAAUGUCCAGUUUGGACUGAACUCUAAAGCAGCUCAUCAUAAAUGCUCUUGCAUAAUCACUUAACCAGCUCUCAUCGUCCUCCAGAUUAAGUUUUCCAUCUUCUAUCCUCAUCUACCUAAGGCAGGAUUACAAAAACCAAAAAACAAAAAAACAACACCCCCCCCA